AUGAGUUUAUCCUAAAAGAGUAAGAAGGAAAAGAAUAAAAAUGCUGUAAAAGAUAUUAUUUGGAAUAAAUUAUUACCACAGAAUGAGAAAGGUCCGAUAUAGCCGAUAGCAUAUGACAAAAAUGAGGAAGUAGCUAGUCCUAUGAAACCGCCAAACGCUAAAAUAAAUUAAAAAAUCAUUAAACUUGCUGUCUCCGAAUUCAAGCCAAGAAACUAGCUGUUUUUCAUGCUAGGGAUAUUAUGUCUGUAACUCUUAAAAUGCUAAAACAAAAAAGUUAGAUUUAUCGGCUAUAAUACCAGCAGUUUAAAGCAGUCCGGCACCAAUUCCUUGCAUGAUUCUUGCAAAAAAAGCCAAUGUCAAAAAAAAUGCUCUAAAAUUUGGCUAAAACAAGGUAUCUGA